AUGAAGUUCGUCUUCUUGCUGGGACGCAGAAUGAUCGUGCUGAUCGUCCUGGUGCUGCUGGGGUUGGAAGGAAUUUUCUACGUAUACUACACGCCGUCGGCGAAGCCUUUGUUUAUUGAUUCUGCAGGACCAACCAGAGACACGCUGGUUCUGAUUUGGGACUGUCCGUUCGGGCAUCGGAUUUGGAGACAGUCCUGCAGGAAGCAGUUCGACAUCAGCGGCUGUCGGCUGACCAACAACCACAGCGAUUACGAGAACGCCGACGGAGUUAUGUUUCACCACCGAGACAUUCAGCAAAACGUAUCCAAGCUGUGGAACAUGUCUCGCCCACCCUGGCAGAAAUGGGUGUGGAUGAACAUGGAGUCUCCGGAAAACUCGCACAGAGCACCCGGUCUGGACGAACUCUUCAAUCUCACCGCGACUUAUCGGCGGGACUCCGACGUCUGGGUUCCUUACGGACGAAUCGUACAAGCUUCAGACCAGCACCAAGCCUUUAAAAUACCAGAGAAGGAUAAACUAGUCUGCUGGGUCGUUAAAAACUGGAAUCAACGUUUAAAACGAGUGGAAUACUUUAAAAAAUUACGCAAACACAUCAAUAUAGAUACGUACGGCGGCUACUUCAACAAAGUUCUUAAUUUAACGGAAUAUUUUCAAACCAUAUCGAGCUGUAAAUUCUACCUAGCGUUCGAGAACUCCAUCCAUAGGGACUACUUCACGGAAAAGCUCUUUAAUCCCAUGAGUGUCGGCACCGUCCCAGUGGUUCUCGGUCCACCCCGAGAGAACUACGAGGAGUUCCUACCGGCCCAUUCGUUCAUCCACGUGGACGAUUUUGAAUCGCCCCGAGAACUGGCGAAAUAUUUGACAUUUCUGGACCAGAAUCCGGAUUUUUAUGAACGGUACUUCACCUGGAGGAAGCAUUUCGCCGUCACGCGUUCCAGCUUUGCUCUAGAACACGCCUGUCGAAUCUGCGACUAUUUAAGACGACAGAAGGGGUACAGAGUCGUAAAAAAUCUCAGUACAUGGUACUGGAGUUAGCUAGCAUGUAGAUAUUGUGUAGUAAAUUAUUUAUGAUCUCAAUUGAAAUGUCUCCAUUUUUAUAUCUGUUCAAUAUUCAGCUUGCCAGUAUACACCGAUCAGGCAUAACAUCAUGACCACUGACAGGUGAAGUGAAUAACACUGAUUAUCUCUUCAUCACGGCACCUGUUAGUGGGGGGGAUAUAUUAGGCAGCAAGUGACAUUUUAUCCUCAAAGUUGAUGUUAGAAGCAGGAAAAAUGGGCGAGCGUGAGGAUCUGAGUUUGACGAGGACCAAAUUGUGAUGGCUAGACGACUGGGUCAGAGCAUCUCCAAAACUGCAGCUGUUGUGGAGGGUUCCUGGAAGGAACAGUGCUAAACAUGGGUGGCCAAGGCUCAAUUGAUGCACGUGGGUAGCGAAUUCGGCUGGUCCGUGUGGUCCGAUCCAACAGACGAGCUACUGUAGCUCAGACUGCUGAAGAAGUUCAUGCUGGUUCUGAUAGAAAGGUGUCAGAAUACACAGAACAUCACAGUUUGUUGCGUAUGGGGCAAAAGGGGGACCAACACAAUAUUAAGAAGGUGGUCAUAAUGUUAUGCCUGAUCGGUGUAUAGUUUGCUAAAUACAUUAGCAGGUGUGUAAAGAAUUGGAUCGAUUUUAGAUCAUUGUAAGUCAC